AGUGGAAUAUUCAAUUUAAGAUAUUUUGGCUCACAUACACACUGUCAUCAGCAACACACAUUUCUUUGUCAUGGAGGUAGAGUGGAAGAUAUUUUGGCUCACAUACACACUGUCAUCAGUUACAGUAACUGCACUUAAUAAAGGACAAAUUAUUGCAAAUGAAACAAAGUCAUCGCCAAGUCACGUGACAUCGCUGAAAGGCUCUUCACUGUGGUUAACGUGGGGAUAUCAGUAUGGAGGUGAUGCCCUCGGAUUUAUAACAUACAAAGAACAAAUAAUUGGAUUUAACAGUUCUUCACAGGCAGCACUGCAACCUGUAGCAAAGAGGACAGGAGCAAAUGGUGUGCUUCAGCUUGUGCCUACUGUUCCAGCACCAUUCACUGGAAGACUCACAGUAAUACCAUCCAAUGAUACAUUGCUGAUCAGUGGAUUGAAGUACAAUGACACUGCUUACCAAUUUGCAUCAUAUAUUGUUUUAGAUGUUACUAUAGGUGGUGCACGAAGCUUAAGUAGAGGUGACCUCAAACCAGUUGUCCGGAUUACAGUCAAUGGAGUACCAGAAGUUCUCUCAUUACCUCCAGCUACAGUUGAAGUAAAUGAAAAUUCAAAUUUAGAAAUAGCCAUUGAAAUGGAUGGAAGCCCUGCGCCAUCAGCUGAUUUUCUUUGGCCUCAUCUUGGUGAUGGUGGGACAACUGUUGCUGCUAGCCAAAUAUACCCGUAUGUUUAUUCAGCAAAGUUUACACAUCCAAAUAUAGCUGCUACUUUUUGUGGAAGGAUAUUGAAAUCUUCAGUGAAGAACAGUGUUGGGUCAUCACUUGCCAAAGACACCUACGUCACUGUUUUAAUGAAACUUGAUAGCAAUCCGAAUUUGCAAGCAAGAAAGAAAAUCGUAGACAGUUGUGUCGAAGUGAAAUGGACGAAGGCCGAAUCUGGGGCUUGUUACGUGAAAUACGAAGUGAAAUUGAAAAAUGCUUCAGGGAUUGUUGUGUAUACUGAAACUGGAUAUAACAUCGAUGAAAUAAAGAAAUGCAAGAUUCCACGAAAUGUGAAUAUCACUGAUGUUGAAAUGACGAUGAGUUUCAAAAGUACUUCAAAGUUCUUCACUGCCAAAGUAGCAGAAACACCUAUCCUAACAACACUACCGCCGACCACUACAUCAAAAACCUCAAAAACACCGGUACCAAGUUCAAGUGAACCAACAACGAGAAUAGCCACAACGCACAAAUCAACAGGUAAGGAGAAGACAAGUGUUCGGCCAGCAGCAUGUAAAGAAAAACAAGUGAAUAGCGAUGAAGAGAAAGACAACAUAAUCAUAGCGCUUUCAGUAGUGGUUGCAGUCUCAUUCAUUGCCAUGGCAACAAUGGUGAUCUGUCUCAUCAGAAUAAUGGCAAAACUAACACUAGCUCAAGACAAUGGAAAUAAAAGGAAUAUACAGCCAAAGGAGACACAUUACAUGGAUCUUCAGGGACAAACUGCAAGAACAGAUUCAGCUUACGCAGGCUUGCAAUCACCAUACGAAGAGAUACACGAUGCUGCUCGGAAUUAUGAAAAUACGAAGCACCUUUCAAGCGUUUUAUGAGCUCAAACUGUAAUCUUGUCAAUAUAAAAUUCUUAGAUCGAUAUUCUUCAUAUCUUCUAAACCUCUUAGAUCGAUAAAUUUCUGUCAUUUUUUAUAAAAAUCGGAUAAUCAUUUUAAUAAACAUAAACUUAAUAAUUAAAGAUUUCAAGAGGCAAAUGGAAAGAAGUUACUUGAAUGGCAUUUU